UGUCCCGGUCCCCGGCUCUCGGGCGGUGAUGGCGGCCUCCCAGGCUGCGGUUGUUCCCGGGGUCCAGGGUGAAGACUCCUCAGAUAGCGAACCAGAACCCGAAGCGCAGAAACUCCGCCGCAAAGUGUCAACAUCCGGACAAAUUCGGAGGAAGGCUAUUGUGAAGGAAGGUCAUCUGCAGAAGCAGACCAGCUCCUUUCAGAGAUGGAGGAGACGCUACUUCAAACUGCGUGGGAGGACGCUCUAUUACGCCAAAACAGCCAAGUCCAUCAUAUUUGAGGAAGUGGAUAUAACGGACGCUAGUGUCGCAGAAUCUAGUACCAAGAACCUCAAUAAUAGCUUUACUGUAUUCACCCCCUUCCGCAAACUGAUCCUCAGCGCUGACAACAGAAAGGAUAUGGAGGAAUGGAUGGCAGCACUUAAAUCUGUACAGAACCAAGAGCUCUUUGAGUCUGCCCAGUACAGCAUGGACCACUUUUCAGGAAUGCACAACUGGUACGCUUGUUCACACGCUCGACCCACUUACUGUAAUGUUUGCCGGGAUGCCCUAUCUGGAGUGACCUCGCAUGGCCUUUCUUGUGAAGUUUGCAAGUUUAAAUCUCACAAACGAUGUGCAGUGCGGGCCACCAAUAACUGCAAAUGGACAACUUUGGCAUCUAUUGGGAAGGACAUUAUAGAGGAUGAGGAUGGGGUUUCAAUGCCUCACCAGUGGCUGGAGGGUAAUCUUCCUGUAAGUGCUAAAUGCACUGUGUGCGAGAAGACGUGUGGCAGUGUGCUUCGCCUGCAAGACUGGCAAUGUCUAUGGUGCAAAGCUACGGUACAUUCCUCAUGUAAGGAUCUUCUACCUGUAAAAUGCCCACUAGGACAAUGUAAGGUGUCUGUAAUUCCCCCGACAGCUCUCAACAGCAUUGACUCAGAUGGUUUCUGGAAGGCCAGCUGCCCCCCCUCCUGCACUAGCCCCUUACUCGUUUUUGUCAACUCAAAGAGUGGAGACAAUCAAGGGGUGAAAUUCCUACGGCGUUUUAAGCAGCUGCUGAACCCAGCCCAGGUGUUCGAUCUGAUGAAUGGUGGUCCACAUCUAGGUUUACGAUUAUUUCAGAAGUUUGACACCUUCAGGAUUCUUGUAUGUGGUGGUGAUGGGAGUGUUGGAUGGGUCCUCUCUGAAAUAGAUGCCCUGAAUCUUCACAAACAGUGUCAGCUAGGAGUAUUGCCUCUAGGCACCGGGAAUGAUCUUGCUCGAGUGCUUGGCUGGGGAUCUGCUUGUGAUGAUGACACACAACUCCCUCAGAUUCUGGAGAAGCUAGAGCGAGCAGGCACGAAGAUGCUAGAUAGGUGGAGCAUUAUGGUUUAUGAAACCAAACUGCCUACCCAGUCACUAGAUUCCAGCGCAGCUUCAGACCCAAAUGAGGAUUGUGAGGUUCAGCAAAUCCUGGGUUAUGAAGAUUCAGUGGCCGCUCAUCUGUCGCAGAUUCUUAGCUCAGAUCAGCACUCUGUGGUUAUCUCAUCGGCCAAAGUCCUGUGUGAGACAGUGAAAGAUUUUGUUGCACGGGUCGGGAAAGCUUAUGAAAGAAUGACCGAGAGUUGUGAGGAGUCAGAAACUAUGGCGGGAAAGUGCACCCUUCUGAGAGAAAAGCUGGAUUCUCUCUUGAAGACCCUGAGUGAGGAGUCUCAAGCUACAUCCGUUCCAUCUCAGCCCCCUCAUACUAUUAGUGAGGAGGAAGAGGAAGCUUCAGAGACAGUCACAUGUUCACCCACAGUAUCUCCUUCACUGGGUCGUGGCCAAAGCUUUCGUCCACGCGAGCAGCUUAUGUUAAGAGCCAAUAGCUUAAAGAAAGCUAUCCGACAGAUUAUAGAACAAGCAGAGAAAGCUGUGGAUGAGCAAAAUGCACAAACAUCUAAUGCUGAAGACUUUCUCAUUUCAUUCUCCUCUGAGGAUGGAAAAGAGCCAUGCGAGGCAAACACAGCUCUGUUGCAGAGUAAUGCACUUCCCAGGAUCAGGGGCUCAGGCAGAGGUUCCAAGCCUGAGAGAGCAACCAGCAAGAGUAGCCUGACUGCGGGAGCUUCUGCUUCCCUUCCUGCACCCAGCACUCAGAAGGACAAUCUGCCAGUGCUAAGCUCUAAGAUUGGAUACCCAAUAGAUAUGAGAGCUGGGAUGUCUGGAUCCCUUCCUGGGAACUCUAUCAUCAGCCGUCUGCUAAUCAGUGCUGACCCCUUUAGCUCGGAACCUGACAACCUGGAGUGUUACACAGAAAAGUGCGUGAUGAACAAUUACUUUGGCAUUGGCCUGGAUGCAAAAAUAUCUCUGGAUUUCAACAAUAAAAGGGACGAACACCCGAAAAAAUGCAGGAGUCGCACAAAGAAUAGGAUGUGGUAUGGAGUCCUGGGGACCAAAGAACUACUUCAGCGGACAUACAAAAAUCUGGAGCAGAAAGUAUUGCUAGAGUGCGACGGGGUGCCCAUCCCUCUGCCCAGUCUGCAGGGCAUUGCAGUGCUGAACAUUCCGAGCUACGCUGGAGGAACCAACUUCUGGGGUGGCAGCAAGGAAGAUGACACUUUUUCUGCGCCUUCCUUUGAUGAUAAGAUUCUGGAAGUGGUAGCCGUGUUUGGAACCAUGCAAAUGGCUGUAUCCAGGGUUAUCAAGCUCCAACAUCACAGAAUAGCUCAGUGUCGAACUGUGAAAAUUACAAUCUUGGGAGAUGAAGGGGUUCCAGUGCAGGUUGAUGGAGAAGCCUGGAUCCAGCCUCCAGGGUUUAUACGUAUUGUGCACAAGAACAGAACACAGACUCUGACACGAGACAGGGCAUUUGAGAGCACAUUAAAGUCCUGGGAAGAUAAGCAGAAAUGUGAAGUUUCUCGCCCAGCCAAUUCCACGCUUUCUCCUACCUCUCUGCACCCUGAGGUGCUUUCUGAAGAGGAGGCAGCCCAGGUGUCGCGCUUUGGCAAUGCUGCAGGUGCCCUUAUACACAGUAUUAAGGAGAUAGCCAUAUCCCAUCAAAGUAUGGAACAAGAAUUAGCCCACGCUGUAAAUGCCAGCUCCAAAUCCAUGGAGAAGGUUUAUACAAAGAGUUCUGAGGGUCUGAACUGCACCAAUGUUAUGGAGAUGGUUACAAAUGUUCGUGCUCUUCUUAAUGAAACAGAGCUGCUUCUUUCAGGAAAGAUGGCGUUGCAGCUGGACCCCCCUCAGAAGGAGCAACUGUUGACAUCUCUCAGUAACACCGAACAGGAACUUCGGAAGCUUGCGGACAUCCCCUGGUUAUGGCAGAACACAGAGCACGGAGAAGAAGAGGGGACAUUAGAUUAUAGCAAGUUAAGACACAGCAGUCGCUUCCGACUGGUAAGCAAAUUUAAGAAGGAGAAAAACACCAGGAACAAAGAGACUGGAAGCAUCACAGCAUCACCGGCUUAUCUAUGGGGGACAGAGGAGGUAUCUCUUUGGUUGGAGCGUCUCAGUCUGUCUGAGUACAAGGAGGUCUUUACUCGCCAUGACAUCAGGGGGUGUGAGCUCCUACACCUGGAGCGCCGAGACCUCAAGGAGCUGGGUGUGACAAAGGUGGGCCAUAUGAAGAGAAUUCUACACAGCAUUCGAGAGCUGAGCCCCCCUCCUGUCAAUGUGGAUUAGGAUCUGUUUUCACAGCAUGUGUAGUCCAGUCUGGGUGAUUUCUGUGACCAGUAUUGCCACAUACAAUCAUAUACUUUCUAGGUUUUAUUUUUUAAAGCUGCAGCUUACCAGCAAUGUUCCCUGAGUAUCAAAGAAGCCAAUCAGAAAUAUGCCUUGGGCAUGUCAGCAGACAAUCACAGAUGAGCCCUGGGAGUUUCUGCUGCCAAUCAGGAGACAUUUGUUUUAGAUAUUGAUGCAUCCAUUUAUAGAAACAAGUUUUAGCGUUUGUUUCACAUACUUAAGGAAUAAGCUGGAUGCUUUCAAAGGCAAUUCUGGUUAUGAGCCAUUGUCAUGGGCACUCGCCUGAGGACCUAUGCAAUCUUGUGUUGCUUGAGAUAGUCAUCAAUUCUAUUGUGCAGCGAAUAGUGUAAAGAUUGUCUUUGCACCACACAGUGAAUGCACACUUUCUACAUUUAUUAUUAGUAGACUUUUCAAGGGACACUGCCAUUACAUGCAAACAUUGUACAAUGAAAUAACAAAGUUUAUAGUAAUUUCUAGAGGAGUUAUAAACCUUCUUGUAGUGUAGUAAUGAGUAUUUUUUCAUUUGUGAGUGUUCCGAUAUGUCAGAUAUUUUCUAUAUAUUUCAAUGUUGCUUUUAUGAUUGAAGAUAAAAAAAAAUAUAGUGUUUGCACUCCUCAAAAUCUCCUUUACGGUUCACACAUAAGAAAACAUCUUCCUAUAUAAUAGCUAAAAUCACCAUAAAAUAAGAGAUGCCGUCUCCUCUAGAAAGUAUUAUAUUUGUAGAAUUUUUCUCUUAAACAUGAUGGCAGUGGACUGUAUUUAUUUUAAACAUUCCUGAAAGAAACAAGUUCUCAUUCUUCAUAUCUAAUUCUACAAAUGUUGAUUGUCCAUAAGGAGAAUUCAUUCCACUGGAUGCCUCUGAUUUGUGGUGAACUGAAUACCUUCCUCACACGCCACAUGUGUAAAUGAUGUGGUACUUGAGGGGAUAUUUCUGACAUUAUAGAAGAAUAUUGUGAUCAGUGAUCACUAUGGACUUUUACAACCCCCAACAAUGAGGAGAAAAUCCAUCUCUGGUCUAUGAUCAAAAGAUUGUUUACAUUUCUACAGGUACAUUUCACAAACAGGGAACAACCUCUGACCAAAUAACUCUCUGGCUGCUAGAGAAAUCCACUGUCUCUCUGACAGACAAAGAUGAAAAAAAUGAAGUAUAGUUUCCUGAAGCUAUUUGUGGAUUGGGUUAUUCACAUCCUUUUAUCUUUCUUGUCAAUCAUUUUUCUGAUAUUGAUCCUGGGCAGGUCCCUCCCUUCCCACUUCUUUUAUCUGCAGGAGAUGGAUAAAAUGUUUGACCUUUAACAAUUCCUGACUUAACCCUUAUUAACUGUAUAUUUAUUGUCCUGUGCCUUACUGCAGUUUGUAAUGUAAUAAUAAUGCUUGUAAAUAGCCAUGUGUAAAGAGAAGGCCAUAUUGUUAUAGUAAAUGAUGUCUUAAUAGUUA